AGGUGUCCAUUUGCCGGUAGCGAAACACACUCCUAGGCCGACUUCACUCCUGCCAGCUUUUGAUACUAUGUUGUGCUACCGUAGGAUCUGCUUGGAGAUUAUCCAGGUCGUUAACACAGGCCAGCUCCUCAGGCCUGUGUAAGCCCUGGAAAUAGUCUUGCAUCCAGGCUAGGGAUGGCAGAUUUCAUUCCCAGUUGCCCAUACUAUACUACUUUAUGACCCUUCCAGUUGCAAAGACAAUGAUAGCUGCUGCUGAGACAAUGAUAGCUGCUGCUGAUAUAUGGCAAUGGAACAUAGUGUCUUUUACGAUUUGCAUAACACCAACAAACAAACAAAAAUCUUACUUUGACUUUUAUAUUAUUUUAAGAGGGCAAAGAAGUGAAUGUGGUGAUGACAUAGUGCCCUAGGAUUAUAUAUUUAUGCUCCUUUGGGUUGAGGCUGUACCAAAUCCACACAAAGUUGCUCUGCAUAUCCUUUAACUACUACGAGGAUCCCCUGUGAAGUAACACUGAAGGUGAUAUAAAGAGAUGCAAAGUACUUUUGUACACAGAACCCUCUAUUGACCUUAGAGUUAGACUCAGUUGUCGUGUUGAAAACUCACAGCUUUGCUGUAUCUUAAAAAAAUUCAAAUCAGUUGGUCAAUAUUACACGGACAUUGACCAUCAUUCUUCUUAAAUGAAACAAAAGCUCCUUGAUGAAAAAUAUCCAUCCAGUUCAAUGUAUCCCUAUAUGCACAAAAUGCAAUUAUAUCUUCAAGAAAAUUUCGAAUUAUAAAAGGCUGAUUUAUUUUUCUGCCCAAUUUUGUCAGCAUUACCCAUGCAGAGUACUAGUAUAGUAUAGUAGUAGCAAAGAGGUUGAUUUUGGUUGAAAAUAGGGACAAUCUCCUUGGUAGACCAAGGAAUGUAGUUUCCGUGGACAAAAGUAAAGAUAAUGAGGUCAUCAACUCAAACCUUUGGCCUUUCCGUAUCUUGCAGAGUCCAGCUUGGUUAAUGAUUCCGGUUCUUUUAUUAUAGCAAGGAGGUUAAAAAAACAACUUUGUGUACACACGGUAGGUUUAUAUCCUUUGACCUCCUUAGUGCAUGUAAACACCCGUCAUUCCGUUCGCUUUAAAUAUAUGCAUCUCCACAGGCGAUCUGAAACGUCGCCUUGAUUUCCACAUGCAUCAGAAUUGCCCUUUGUCUUUGUCAGCACCGCGUGAGACUCCACGACCGCUAGGAUAGGAUGAACUAGCCUCCAUCAGUGAACGGGAACGUAGAAUUCGGCGAAAAAAAUCGGGAAAUUGGCUAAGGGAGUCAGUCCAUGCUAAGGUUCAGGAUUCCCCUCCGGAGCUGCGCGUCCGGCCAACUGCUCUGGAAGCAAAACUCUCUCGUCAGUCUCAGGUAAUCAGUCUGGUAAGGAUGGACUACGACGCUGUUCUGCAGCACCUUGGCGAAUCCGGCGCGUAUCAGCGCCGUCUUGCUAUCCUGCUGAGCCUUAUAGGCAUCCCUGCAGGCUUACACGUCGGAGCGAUGACUUUCAUCGCUGCCAUUCCCGACCACCACUGCCGAAUGCCACAGACGACUCCAGCGGGCUUCAACCUGACCCUGCCCGCAGCGUUAAACAUGAGCAUCCCGCUAGAGGAGGUGGAAGGCGCACAGAGACUGAGCCGGUGUAGGAGAUACGACGUGACCGACCAGUUCGGUUGGCUCAACAGUACCACUACUACUAGCACCUGUACGGAUGGGUGGGAGUAUGACCAGAGCCAGUACCACAGCAGUAUUGUCAGUCAGUACGACUUGGUGUGUGACAGGGCGUGGCUGAGGGAGAUGGCUCAGUCCAUUUUCAUGGCGGGGGUGGGCCUAGGUGGGAUCGUCUUUGGCUUCAUGUCUGACAGAUUCGGGCGUCACGUGACGCUGAUGACGUGCCUCCUGCUCCAGCUGACGUUCGGCGUCAGCGCGGCGUUCACGUCAAACCUCGUCACGUUCGCAAUCCUCCGCUUCCUGGUCGGAGCGGUCAGCAACGGAGCGUACUACGCUGGGUUUGUGAUAGGUACAGUACAGGAGAACAACAGGCGUGAAAUUUAUUUGCAUAAUCAGAACAUUUCAUGGAGAUAUGAGGUCCCCGAACACUUGUUUUCUUUGUUUCCUUACGCUAGGUUUUUAUCAGAGUCUCCUCGCUGGUUAAUCUUUGCCAAGAAAACGGACGAAGCCAGGAAGGUCAUAGAGCGCAUCGCCAAAGAAAACGGCGUCAGCCUUUCGCAGGAAACCUUUGAGAAGUUGAACGGUUGUGCAAAGGUCCAACAAGAGCAGACGACACCUAGCAACAGAAGCAGGAAGUACAGCGUUAUUGAUCUUGUCCGCACACCGCAGAUGAGGAAGAUAACGCUUGCAAUGAAUGUAGCAUGGUUGAUCUCAGUGUGUGUUUACUACAGCCUCAUGUUGGGAACAUCACAACUGGUCGGCGACCACUACGUCAACUUUGUCCUCGGGGCAUGCGUGGAAAUCGUCGCCAUGUUUGUUGCCUGGGUAACCAUGGACAGAUGGGGCCGGAAACGUCCUUUUAUCAUCUUCAUAUUUGUGGCCGGAGUGUCCUGUCUGGCCGCGGCCGGCGUGCCACAUGACUUAGGAGUCAUCACCACGACAUUCGCUAUGGCCGGGCGGUUCGGAAUCAGCAUCGGGUUCUGUACUCUGACGGUGUACUCUGCUGAGGUCUUCCCAACAGUCAUAAGAAAUAUGGGUGUCGGCCAGGCCAGCAUGGUGUCAAGAUUGGGUGGGGUCAUGGCGCCAUUUAUCGGUCUCCUUGGUAACGUGUGGCGGCCCCUCCCCCUCCUGAUGUACGGGGUGCUGUCUUGUGUGGCGGGAGCGGCCGUUACAGUCCUGCCCGAGACACACGGCAUAUCACUUCCUAACACUCCCGAGGAUCUGGAAUGCCUGGCAAGACGCUUGUCGAUCCCCAGUGCAGCAAAGUGCCCGGAUGAGACAGAAAGCGCCACAAAAUCGUCUGAUGAAACGGCCGUUUACGAGAUGGUUUCAAGCCUGUGA